GAAAGGAGAGGAACUACUUCUGUAUGUGUGUGUGAGGAACGAGUGUGUGUGUGUGUGUGUGUGUGUGUGUGUGUGUGUGUGAGUGUAUAUGUGUGUGUUGUGUUUGCUUAUACUGAUGUUUCACUGUAUACAAAGGACGUAAUAAUAAUCCACCACCAUGAGCCGGACCACCUUUUUUGAGGUGAGGAUCCUGGAUGCCAACACGAAAGAGCACCUUUGUUUUUUAGAUAAGGUGGAGCCCUACUCAACAAUAGGAGACAUCAAGAGCCUUUUUCACAAAUCAUAUCCUCAAUGGUAUCCAGCAAGACAGGCCCUGAUGCUUGAUCCCAAGGAAAAAUCACUCCGAGAUGAUGAAAUCUUACAGAAUCUACCAGUUGGGACCACUGCCACCAUGUACUUCAGAGAUCUUGGUCCACAGUUAGGUUGGACUAUAGUGUUUAUGGCAGAGUGCAUUGGGCCUCUUCUCACCUACCUCCUCUUUUAUUUUCGAGUGCCGUACAUUUACUCACACAAAUAUGGCUUUACCUCAAGUCCCCAUCCUGUUGUCAGACUGGCCUGUGCCUGUCACACCUUCCACUAUAUGAAGAGGCUGAUAGAGACUAUCUUUGUGCAUCGUUUCUCCCAUGGGACAAUGCCUCUCGGGACAAUGGUCAGGAAUUGUGCCUAUUACUGGGGUUUCUCAGCUUGGUUGGCAUACUACAUCAACCACCCUCUUUACACACCUCCAUCAUAUGGAGAACUACAAGUCAACUAUGCAUUAGCCAUGUUUGCUAUGUGUGAACUCGGAAACUUCUCCAUUCACUUGACUCUUACUAAUCUCAGAGGAGAGGGGUCCAGGAGCAGACGGUUUCCUAUGCCAACAAAGAACCCCUUCACAUGGCUAUUUGUCUUUGUAUCCUGUCCAAAUUACACAUAUGAGGUCGGAGCUUGGGUGAGCUUCUCCAUCAUGACCCAGUGUCUCCCAGUGGCAUUGUACACAUUACUAGGCUUCAUUCAGAUGACCAUCUGGGCCAAAGGGAAGCACAGAGCCUACAGCAGGGAGUUCAAGGACUACCCAAACCUCCGGAUGGCCAUUAUCCCCCUGAUUCUCUGAUAGUGAUCAAAAACAUGAAUUAUUGUAGCAUAUAAGGCAUGUAUAUUCUCUUCCCUCAAGUGUUUUUUACUAAAACAAAGAGGUUUGCUGCUGCUUAAACCAGCACUAUGCAAGUUGUUUUUAUGAACUGGAGUGGGAAUGGGAGCAAUAAUAUUUUGGCAAUAUACUAGAGCAUUUAAAGCUUUAGUGCCUAACUUUUUAAUAUUAAUGAACGUCUGUCACAUUCAAGCCAUUGCCAAAUGAGUUGCUACAAAGUUUAUUAAGACUAUCAGCUCCACACUCUAAAAAGUAAUACCUUUGUUUUACUUAUAAAAAGUGAGGUAAGAGUCUUCAUUGGGCAUUUUGUGUUUUGUUUACUUCAAGGCUUUUUUAAGUAGCAUGAACACUGUAACAAUACGUAACGUGAACCCAGCUAAAUCAAGUUGAGUUAACUAAUAUUACUGAUAUUAUUUAGUUAGAUGAACUUAAUUUUUUUAGUAAAUGUAACGCACUUGUACAGGAUAUUAAACAAUUAAAAUGAGUAUGGGUUACUUGUAGCAACACAUAAUUUAAGUUGCAAGAAGUUAAUUUUAUAAGUAAAAUUAACCUAAUCACAUGUGUGAAUGAACUCCG